AAAAUAUAAUGCAAAAUGAAUAUGAGAUAUAUAAGUUAUGAUACUUUGAUGAUCAGGCUUGUAGUUUUAUACAUUGAUGACAAAAUUGGAUCAGACUGGCCAGGACGCUGGACACAUGUUCGUAAGAUCUUAGCAAGAACUGGACCAUUUGCUCAUCCAGAUUUUGAACCAGGACCUGAGGUGCUGGAAUUUUUACAGAAAACAUGCAAGGUUCUUGUUGUUGGGGCUGGAGGUCUAGGUUGUGAACUUCUUAAAAAUCUGGCAUUAAUGGGGUUUGGAAAUAUACAUGUUAUUGACAUGGAUACUGUUGAUAUAUCCAACCUUAACCGCCAGUUUUUAUUUAGACCUAAGGACAUUGGUAAAUCAAAAGCUGAAGCAGCAGCUCAGUUCAUUAUGUCAAGAGUGCCUGGAUGUAUUGUAACAGCCCAUUUUAAGAAAAUCCAGGACUAUGAUGAAGACUUUUACAGAAGUUUCCACAUUGUGGUGUGUGGUUUAGAUUCUGUUAUAGCAAGACGCUGGAUCAAUGGCAUGCUGGUUAACAUUUUGAGCAAUGAAGAUGGAAUGUUGGACCCGAGUAGCAUUGUACCAAUGGUUGAUGGUGGUACUGAAGGAUUCAAAGGCAAUGCUAGAGUUGUUAUUCCUGGCAUGUCGGCGUGUAUUGAGUGUACAUUAGACCUUUACCCUCCACAAGUAAAUUUCCCCUUGUGUACCAUAGCCCACACUCCAAGACUACCAGAGCAUUGUAUAGAAUAUGUCAGAGUUUUACUGUGGCCCAAAGAACAACCUUUUGGAGAUGGUGUUGAAAUUGAUGGAGAUGACCCAGAACACAUUCAGUGGAUAUAUGAUAAGUCGUUAGAUCGAGCAACAAUGUACAACAUCCAUGGUAUAACCUAUCGACUUACCCAAGGAGUUAUAAAACACAUCAUUCCUGCUGUGGCAUCCACCAAUGCUGUAAUAGCUGCUGUAUGCACAACAGAAGUUUUCAAGCUUGCCACCAGUUGCUGCAAUCCCCUGAACAAUUAUAUGGUAUUUAAUGACACAGAUGGGCUUUACACAUACACUUUUGAAGCUGAGAAAAAGGAGAACUGCCUCAGCUGUGGUCAGACUGUGCAGUCCAUGGAGUUUUCAAAUAAGGCUAAACUACAAGAUGUUAUUGACUACCUAACUCAAGCCCCAGAAUAUCAAAUGAAGUCACCAGGAAUUACAACUUACAUUGAUGGAAAGAACAAAACCUUGUAUAUGCCAACAGUUCCUUCAAUUGAAGAAAGAACAAGGCCCAACCUGAAGAAAACGUUACAAGAGCUGGAGUUGGGAGAUGGUCAAGAGCUGGUUGUGGCUGACAUAACAACCCCUACAUCUAUAGUAUUCAAACUGAAGCUUAUAGUAACCAUGACUGAUGACUGACAUAAGUUUUCUAUGAAGGCCAAUUAGUGAAAAUCAUUAAUUUCUGUAAUGUUCUGUAAAUUUGCUACUUUAUUGCGCCUGAACUUUCUUAUAGUAAAAUCCCGGUUGUUAUUAUGAAUCCAAUCCCUGUAGUGAAUAAAAAAAGAUGUUCCUUUUUCAAAGUUCAUCAACAGAGAUCUUAAUAAUCUAUUCCACACCAAUAGUUUAUCAAAACGUUACACUUGAACAAAGAGCUUAAAAUAAAAGACUUCCUAGUAUGUGAUUCUAGAAAUUAUAUUAGUUCAUGUGAUUAGUCUUGACAAAUAUUCUCCACCUACUUCACUUUCUUUUACUCACUUUUAUUGGGUAAAAAUACAUAACUCUUAAAUGUCAGCUUCAUCCUUAUCCUUUUCAAGUUCUUUAAAAGAAUGAACACCAAAUUUUCAUUAUUCUAGAAAUUUUUGGAAAUGGCAUAUGAUAUGAAGACAGUAAUUACAUAUAGACACAAUAUAUUGUUCAAGAGAGUAAUAAGCUACUAAGUUGCUUUUAAUUACAGCCACAUCACUAUGAGGGUUCAUGACUUUCAUGUCCUGGCAUAUUUAUUGAAAAAUGUUUUUGCUACUACUUUUUGAUGUUGGAAGGCUUAAUUUAAAUUUUUCUGAGUUGAAUAUUAUUUUUGUAUACGUUUUGUGAUAUAUAGAAAUUGUGUAGCAAUCUAACCUUCUUUCAAACAUGUGGAACAUUCCUCUAGCAAAAGUAAGGUAUGAGCUUUAAAAAGUGUACAUGUGCAGUAAUUCAAUAAAACAUAUUUUUAUCCUUUGA